UUUUCUUUCUUGAACAAUUUAUAGUAAAUCGCGCUUCCCCAUCGUUCCCGAUGCCGGACUUUUCCGGCCACCAAUUGCUUUUCAAAGUUUAGAAUUCGACGCGAUUAUACGGUAGCACCUCCGGUCUCUAUCUCCGCUUCCCCUUCCCCCCCCCCUUACGUCCUUCUCAGAAACGCCUUCCCGCUCCUCGAAUUUCUUUUCGGUCAACAUGUCCUCCUCCGUCACAAUAUGCCUUGGAAGCCAGUGGGGCGACGAGGGCAAGGGUAAGCUGACGGAUAUUCUUUGCGCUGAGGCCCAAAUAUGUGCCCGUGCCGCUGGAGGACACAAUGCAGGACACUCUAUCAAGGCCAAUGGAGUAUCGUAUGACUUUCACCUACUCCCGUCUGGUCUCGUUUCCCCUAAGUGUAUCAAUCUGAUUGGAUCUGCUGUUGUCUUCCACGUCCCCUCCUUCUUCAAGGAACUCGCCGACGUCGAGGCGAAGGGUAUAAAAGAUGCCAGUCAACGCCUCUUCGUCUCGGACAGAUGUCAUAUCAAUUUCGAUUUACAUGCUGCCGUUGACGGGCUCGAAGAGAUCGAACUAGGUUCCAAUGCAGUCGGUACUACGAAGCGAGGAAUCGGUCCGUGUUAUAGUUCUAAGGCAGCUCGGAGUGGUAUACGUAUUGCCGAGAUGUACAACGUGGAACUGUUCGAACGCAAACUACGGCAACUGGCUGCCGGUUAUAAGAAGCGCUACGGGGACCUCCUGAAAUACGAUGUUGAGGAGGAGAUCAACCGCUUUAAAGAUUACCGUGUCAAGCUCGCCAGCUACGUCAUCGACGCUGUGGCGUUUAUGAAGGACGCCCAGGAAAAGAAUGCCAAGAUAUUCGUCGAGGGUAGCCAGGCUCUGAUGCUGGAUUUGGACUAUGGCACUUAUCCUUAUGUCACCAGCUCCAAUACGUGCCUCGGUGGUAUCAUCUCCGGUCUUGCGCUUAAAAGGAGAAACAUCAAGGAAGUCAUUGGCGUUGUCAAGGCUUACACGACGAGGGUUGGUUCCGGAAAUUUCCCAACGGAGGACCUCGGUGAGGUUGGCUCAAAGCUUCAGCAAUUAGGCGGCGAAAUUGGCGUGUCUACUGGUCGGAAACGAAGAUGCGGCUGGCUGGAUCUCGUCGUCUUGAAGUACUCCUGUGCGGUCAACGACUAUGACUCUCUCCAGUUGAGUAAGCUUGAUGUUCUGGACACAUUCGACAAGAUCAAGGUUGCAAUCGCGUACAAGAACAAGACGACCGGUGAGGAAUUGCCUUCAUUCCCGGCCGACCUAUCAAUCCUGGAUGAUAUCGAAGUCGUUUAUCACGAACUACCAGGAUGGAAUACUAGCAUUUCCAAAAUACGCGAAUGGUCUGCGCUUCCUAAAGAAGCACGCGAUUACAUCGAGUACAUCGAUAACUUCCUUCAAACUAAGGUCAAAUGGAUUGGCACCGGUCCUGAUCGCGAGGACAUGAUUUAUCGUCCUUAGAUUAGAGGACCAAAACAUAUGCAUCAUUCCUGGGGUCUAACCAUACGUCAUGACGGAUUUUCGUCACAUAGAUAUCUGAUACCAUGAGUGGAAUCUGCUAGAACCAAUGCAAAUAAAUAGAAUAAUAAAUCAACGUUGAAUUCACAUG